UACUGUGCAGCACAGCAUUUAUUCGCUAACUGCAUGCAAAUAAAUGGAUAUCAAAUUAAUUUCUAAGCAAGAUUCUCUACUUUAUGGUCACGUUAAGUGUCGUGUCUAGCGAAAAUGCUUCGCUGUGAAGAAGGACAAAGUGGCCCCACGUAUGACUCUCUACAGGAAGUCAUUGACAAGAAGUCCUUCAGACCUUCAGUCAACCUCAGCACCCCCACCAUAACCAACAUCUCCUUCACGCUCUACGCUAUCUUGGGAGUGAAUGAAAAAGCACAAAUUCUUACCACGUUUCUCUGGCUCAGGCUGUACUGGUUCCAUGAGUUCCUCAUCUGGGAUCCAGAAGCCUGUGACGGCAUUACAAAAAUCUCACUUCCUGUCAACGAUCUCUGGACUCCGGACAUUAUCGUUUAUGAGUUCGUGGAUGACGAUGUAUCUCAGGCCUGUCCUUAUGUGUAUGUGAACCACACGGGCCACAUCCGCUAUGACAGGAUGCUGAGGCUGGUUAGCGCCUGUAACCUACAGAUAUUCAGUUUCCCUUUCGACAUACAGAACUGCUCUUUCACCUUCGGCUCCUACAUGCAUACCAUAAAGGACGUCCGUGUCAGUCCUGCCCUGUCCUUUAAGGAGAUGACGGGAAACUCGAAGCGUUACCUGCAGGCCAGUGGAGAGUGGGAGCUGGUGGUUAUCUUGGGCAACACGGACAUUUUGAGGUUCGGAAUAGAUGAAUGCGACAUCAUCACUUUCUGGGUGGUGAUAAAGCGACGGCCGAUACUGUAUGUGGUGAACCUGAUCAUCCCCAGCUCCUUCCUCAUGAUCAUUGACAUCCUGUCCUUCUACCUGCCGCCACACAGCGUGGAUCGAUCCUCUUUCAAAAUGACCCUUAUUCUAGGAUAUACAGUCUUUCUUCUCAUUAUGAACGACCUGCUUCCCAGCACUGCUAAUGGAACACCUUUAAUAGGUAUCUAUUUCUCUGUGUGUCUGGCACUCAUGACCAUAAGUCUGCUGGAGACGGUGCUCAUCACCUUCGUCCUCCACCACAAUUCAAUGAAAUACAGGGAGGUGCCACACUGGGUUCAGGUGCUGGUGAUGCGCUUCAUCGCUCGACUUAUUUGCUACAGUUUCCCUGAAGACCCUUUAUCUAAGCUAGAAGGGAAACAAGAAUCCAAUCCAUGGGUUGUCCAGCCCUCACAAUCAACGUCCGGUCAACAGACAUCCACUAAUGGUGAGACAAGAACAGCCCCUGAUGUUAACUUUCAAAUCAAAAGCAUCCAAACCCAAAGCUUAAUGUUUGCUAUUUGUCCCCUAGCCUCUGGAUCCAUGACUCUGGAUGUGCCUGAACUAAGACAGAUCAGUCAGGAUCUUAGAGAGAUAAACACUUAUUUGAACAUUCUACGAAAAGAAGACCAUCUACAGAACCAGUGGUGUCAUGUGGGCUACAUCCUGGACUUCCUUCUCUUCCGCAUUUACCUGUUGAUAAUCACGGGAUAUGCACUUGUAAUCAUAUGCAUGUGGUGCGUUUGGAUGAACCAGUAG